UAAAAGUGCUUCCAUGCCCGCUCCAUGUGCGCACGACAGUUACGCACGCAACAUGCCCACUUGUGGUGAUUCACUCGUCUUUUCGUAAAGAUUCCGCAGGAUAAAGAGCAAUAAGAGACAAUACGCGCUUUUUUCCCCCACUGGAUGGGAUGCGCGUUUUAUUUGGUUAACUGCCUUUUUUUUCUUUCUUUGUGCCUUCUGCCCCCACGAACCGAGCCGGAUCGCUGGAUUGUGAGCAGGGCAGAAUGGGACCUUGCCCACGGAAGAGCGUGUCGGCGCUUUGCAGGAGAAGUUUGCUGUGGACCUGGCUGGUCCUCUGCCUGUGCGCUGUCGCUGACGGGACCUGGAAGACUGGACUCUACAAAACUGCCUCACACACCUCCGUCUACCAAAAAAAAAACUGGUGUCCUCACACAGUUACCAGGACAGUGACUUGCCAGGUGCAGAAUGGGACAGUCGUGCAGCGGGUCUACCAGACGUGCCGCUGGCCACAGGGAUGUACGGGAGGCAGCUACAGGACCGUUGUCAGACCUUCCUAUAAAAUUGUAUACCGCACUGUGACCUCACUGGAGUGGAAGUGCUGUCCAGGAUUCAGCGGGACCGCCUGUGAAGAAGAUGCGAGGAAGCAGCAGGUGGCUCAGGAGGCAAUAAGAAAACCGUCCACACUGCGUCGCCCGCCUGCACGCACAGGAGAUCCCCUUUCCAACUGUCUUAACUGCAGUCGAAUCACAGCGAUGAACGACAGGCUGAGUUCACUGGAGGCUAAGGUUCAAGGAUUCACUGCCUUGCCGUCCGCAACACAACGCUACCCUCUGUCCAAAGGAGUUGCACAGGAGGCUGCCUUGUUGAAGGGGACCACUCCUGUCAAAGGGACUCCUGGUGAGCAGGGCCCCGCUGGUCCUCAGGGUGAAAAGGGGAGAGAUGGUAUUCCAGGCAGAGAUGGUAAACCAGGGUCUCGAGGGUUUCCAGGUCCCAGUGGGCCUCGGGGUGAGGCAGGGGUUAGGGGCCCAAGUGGAGCUCCUGGAUCGAAGGGAACGUCAGGACCUGCAGGCCCCCGCGGUCCUCCAGGACUACCAGGAGAGAGAGGUCUACCAGGUCCCCCAGGCCCACCUGCUGCUGCUAGUGCCCGCAUCCCAGAACCAGACAAUCGGGGAAAAGAGCUCCUCUUCACCAACACGUUCCAUGACUCUCGACCAGGACCUCAGGGUCCCCCCGGGCCGAUAGGUCCCCCAGGCCCAAAAGGCCCGCUAGGACUUCCUGGCCCACCAGGACACAACGGUAAAGCCGGUACCCCUGGAACAUCAGGUCCUGUGGGACCAAAGGGAGAGCGUGGAGAGAGAGGGCCUUCAGGUUACCAAGGAGAAAGGGGCUUUAGAGGAGAGCCGGGUGCACCAGGUCCCAAAGGAGAGCCUGGAGAAAAAGGCUUACCGAGCAAUCUAAAUGGGGACGGGAUACAUCAGAUCAGAGAGGCGCUGAAGAUCUUAGCUGAGAGGGUUUUAAUCCUCGAGACUAUGAUCGGUAUUCAUGAACCUGAUCUAGGAUCUGGGGAUGGACCAUUUGGCACAGCCUCCCCUAGUUUCUACAGAGAUAAGCGAGCAGGUGCGCUCCCAUACCGACUUGCUUCUCCUCUGUCCUCCGACACCAAGGUUGGAGGGAAGUAGCCCUCCGAUCACCCUGAGGACCGCAGGCUGGGUUGGCUUCCCUCUCUAUUAGUCGCAUCAACACUCGAUGGCCCUGCUGGGCGGGGGGGCUUUACUGUCAGAUUUAGGUUGGGGGACACCUCAGGGAAACUCCAGUAGUUUGACUCCCCCCGUCACCAUAACCACUCCCAUUCUUCACCCACGAAGGUCUGAAUCACCUGUGGUGCUCCUAAGGCCUCACGUCUGGGCAAAAAGGGUCAUUUAGACUAAUCAAUCUGUGGACAUGAAAGACUUUAGCUUGUAUUCUUUGUUUCAGUGUAACCGCAAUGCCACAAGAUGUCAUUAUUUAAGUAUAUUGAGCAUGUACAAUGUGCAACGACACGAAAACACCUCCAGUAUUAAUUUUUGUUAUACGUCUCUUAAAUGGUUCAGCUCAGUGUUUCGUAGCGCACUCAAAAAGAGGAAGUCAUCACUAUUUUCAGAUAUGUGUUGUUCAAUGAAAAUGCACACCGAACAAGUAAUUCAAUAUACUACAAGUUGUUGCAUAUCAACUGUGUAUUUUUAUUUUUUCCUGGAAAAAAAUGAACACACACUCAGAGGAAAUAGGAAAACUGGAACCACUGUUAUGUUUGUACUGUCCUGAUAACAAAGACGUGUUCCUUUUUUUAUGCUAUAUCAAACAUAUUGUGUCAGUAUUUAAAUUUUUCAAUGGUAGUUUAUUUUGUAUGCUGUCGUGUAACCAUUUCAUACUUUGAUGAUUAUUUUUCCUGUAAAUGUGUUAGUGUUAAGAUAAUCCUGUGUCGAUGAUCGCUGUAAUAAAAAUUAUGUUCUC